AACCGGAUGUUCCUACAAGAAUUGGAUAAGCAUCAUUUUCAUCAGCAACCAGAGACGGAUAACUACAUUUCCAUAUCAACAAAAUGUAUGAAGUUUUGGUUCUAAAAGAAGGCUACAGUAUUCCAAAAGAACAAGGUCAGAUGAAAACCAGUGGCAGCAUCACCUUAAUUAAAGGCCUACAUAACAUCAUUGUUGACACAGGGAAUCCAUGGGACAAAGAUUUACUUCUUCAAGGAUUACAGAAGUACCAGUUAACUCCAAUGGAUGUGGACUAUGUUAUUUGUACAAGUGGUCGGUCAGAUAAAGUUGGUAACCUGAACUUAUUUACAAAGGCUAAACACAUUGUCUCAGGAGAACUUUGCUUUGAAGACAACUUCUUCGACCAUGCAUUUAAGCAGGGGAUUCCCUAUGAAAUUGAUGAUGAGGUUGAAGUCGUGUCCACACCAGGCCAGUCUGGUUCUGAUGUAUCUGUUCUGGUCAAAAACACAGCCCUGGGAACUGUUGCUGUCACAGGAGGUCUCUUUGAGUGUUUUGAUGACUUGGAGGACCCCAGCUUAUGGCAGACAUUGAGCGAGGACCCAGAUUCCCAGGAACAGGGCAGGAUCGGAAUUCUCCAGCUGGCCAAUCACAUUAUACCGGGUCACGGUAAGAUGUUCCAGGUGCCCGAGGACUGCAAGCGGCAACUCAGAGUGGUUAUGUACAGUGAGGAGCAGAUCCAGCAAACCACAGGAAACACCACCACCACCUCUGUACAAAGCCAGUAUGUUGUCAUUGAGAAAGAGGAGGAUCAGUAGUAUUUAAUGUACAUUGUUUAUUCCUGUACAUAGGAGUUUGAGAAGGAGGUUUCAGUUCAAAUGCAAUCACCACAGUUCAGACACUAAUGUUGGGUCAGAGGUGUCUAUGCAAUUUUAAAUGCUGUACUGAUCCAUUGGGUGCUUCACAGUGUCUUUCAUGUUUUCUGUUUACAUAUAACGGUUCAUGUAGGAACUUUGGCAUGACUGCUGACAAUUACUUAAAUUUAUGUAAAGCAUGUUUUAAUUUUAUUUGAAAGUUUUUAUGAAAUAUUUUUAUUUUGUCACUGAUUUUUUGCAAAUUUCUAUGUCACUUCAGUAUGAACCUUAAUGUUCAUUUAGUAAUAGGAUCAUUGAUUGUGUUUAAUUCAGAAAAGUCAAACAAGAGAAACUAUCCUGCAUUCCUGAAAUGAAAUUAGGGAUUGCAACAUGAAAAGAGUAAAUAUAUAGUACAUGUAAAUUAAACAACUGCCUCCAGACAUUGCUUUUCAUAUUCAACUUUUUCAAUGUAUUUUUAAUCUGAAAUGCUUUGUACAUUUUUUUUAACUUUUUGAAAUUCUCAGGAAGUAAUGUGAUUGAAGUUGUAAAUAUAAAUUUCUUGUAUUUGUUAAUAUAUUUUGUUUCAUGCAAAAUAAAAAAAAUUGCUUUGUUUGAUCUACAAGAAUGAUAUUUUUUCACAAUUUGUGAAUGUUUAUAUAAUUUAUAUUUGAUACAUGAAAAUUGUGAUUUUAUGCAAAAUAAAGUUUGCUUCAUUUGA